CAAAACAAAACCGGCGAUUGAAAGACAGUGAGCGCGUGUGGAGACCCUGCACCCCUGAUGGCUGGUCGACUCCUCAAAGUCUCGUCUCUGGCCACAGCGGUGUUCGCCUCCUCCGGGUUUUACAUCUACAACAAACAGCUCGACCUCAAUGACCUCAGUGUGAUCCGCUUUGGACGAGCCGCGGCUACCACGGCGGUGAUCAGCUACGACUACCUGACCGCUUUCAAACAUGUGGAGUACGGCACGGAGGAGUACUGGGCCCUCAAGUCCAAGGUGCAUCGUCGGUCGGCGGAGCGUCUUCGAGACUUGUGCUGUGCGAACCGAGGAACUUUCAUCAAGGUGGGCCAGCACCUGGGAGCUCUGGACUACCUGCUGCCUGAAGAGUACACGUCCACGCUGAAGGUGCUGCACAGCCGGGCGCCUCAGAGCAGCAUGGAGGAGAUCAAGCAGGUCGUCAGAGAAGACCUCGGCAAGGAGCUGUCACAGUUAUUUGUCUCCUUCGAGGAGAAGCCUCAGGGUGCAGCCUCCUUAGCUCAGGUCCACAAGGCAGUGUUGCAUGAUGGGAGGACGGUGGCCGUCAAGGUCCAGCACCCCAAAGUCCAGAGACAAAGCUCCAAGGACAUCAUGGUGAUGGAGGUGUUACUGCGAGUGGUCCAUUGGCUUUUUCCUGACUUUGCCUUCAUGUGGUUGGUGGAGGAGGCCAAGAAGAACAUGCCACUGGAGCUCGACUUCCUCAACGAGGGACACAACGCUGAGCGGGUGGCUAACAUGCUCUCCCACUUCCCCUUUCUCAAGGUUCCCAUGAUCCACUGGGAUCUGUCCACAAAAAGAAUCCUGACCAUGGAGUUUGCUGAGGGGGGUCAGGUCAACGACAGAAAGUACAUGAAGAAACACGGCAUCAACGUCAACGAGAUCUCAGAGAACUUGGGGAAGAUGUACAGUGAAAUGAUCUUUGUGCAUGGCUUUGUUCACUGCGACCCUCAUCCGGGCAACGUGCUGGUCCGAAAGUGCCCCAAGAGCAAGAAGACGGAGAUUGUCCUGCUCGAUCACGGCCUCUAUCAGGUCCUGCAGCCAGACUUCAGGUUGGACUACUGCAGGCUAUGGCAGGCUCUGAUUAAAGGAGACAUGCCUGGUGUGGAGCGCUACAGCCGCAGACUGGGAGCUGGAGAUCUGUACCCGCUGUUCGCCUGCGUUCUCACCGCUCGAUCCUGGACCGCCGUCAACGCUGGCAUCAGUUCUGUGCCCGUCACGCACUCUGAGGACGUUGAGAUCCGGACCAAUGCAGCUCUGUAUUUACCUCAGAUAAGUGAUUUGUUGAACCGAGUGCCACGGCAGAUGCUGCUCCUUCUGAAGACCAACGACCUGCUGAGAGGCAUCGAGACCACCUUACAAACCAGAGCUGCCUCCUCGUCAUUCAUCAACAUGUCUCGCUGCUGCAUACGUGCCAUGGCCAGACACAAGAGGAGUAAGACCCGGUCCAGGAGAAAGCGUCUGCAGAUCACGCUGUCGGAGUCGCUGAACUUGUGGAAACUGAGCAUGUAUGAACUGUUUUUGAGGGUGAAGAGCUCCGUGUUGGUUCACUGGCUCUCUGCUCUGCUGACAUUUCUGCACUGAGACAGGUGUGGACAUCAGACCAGGACAGAAACACCAGGCUGCAGAUGCCGAGGGCCUCACAAGGGUUUGUUGGCAUCAAAUUUACACAAGUGGAAUACUGUUUGAACACUUAAACAACAUCCAUAACGCACAACACAGAGGGCACAUGUGAAUCAGCUGCACCUGAAUUAAUGAAACUGUUGGCAGAUGUACAAACUUUGACAGUUUUUUGACCCCUUGAGAUCAUUUCAAACUUUCAAUUCAAAAUACAGAAGACGAAAAGAGCCAUAUGUGAAUAUUUAAAGUUCAGAGACAGAAUUCCAAUUCUGCACUUCAGCAUAUGAAUUCUGUUCCUAAGAAUUAAAAAUACUUUGAUUAUUUUCACCUGCAACAAAGUGAACAUUUGGAGAAAAUUUUCUUUUUAAUUAAUGUAAAUUUUUAAAUUGUUCUUCCACAGUUAAAGGAAGAAGUUGGACUUUUAUUUGAGAUAUAUUUUCAGUUUUGUUUUUUCUGUUAAUCAAGAAAAACAUCCUGACUUAAUUCUUAGAUUUCUAACUUUUUCAUUAUUUAAAAAAUAAUUGAAAUCAGUCAAUAAAGCCAGAAUUCUAUGGAAACCCUAGGCGGACACUUACACAUUGAUUUUAUUUAUUCAGUAUUAUUGUAUUGUGAUCUCUUGACUGAUGUGUUUUGUGUCACAUGAGCCCCAGAAGCACCACACAUCCAUUUAGGAAAGCUACAGUAAAUAAGUGAACGGUAGUUUGUCUGCUUGGGACUUCUGUUGAAUUCUGAGAUUAAUGUCUGAUCAGCUAAACUUUUUAAAUUUUACGAUCAAAAGAAGAUAUUGACUUUUUUAUUUUUUAUUUGUAUUAUCUUCACGCAAAUUGAGCCUUGAAUAGAGAAUAAAGUUUAAAUUUUUUUUUUAAUGUCUUUUGAUUAUGGAUUUUGAAGGUAUAACGUUUUUCACAUGGCCCUUAUCAACCUCUGUAGAUGAAUGAGCGUUAUAUCUUUAAAUCAUUAGAUGUUCGAUACAAAAUGAAUUGAAAAUGCUUUUCAUUUAUUAGUUCUUUGUUAAUAAUGCUACUGUCAGCACUCGGGCUGGGCAAUUAAUCUCAAAUUAGAUAAAAUCGCAAUAUGGCCUGCUGCAAUUUGGAAAUUGCAGAAGUUGUAAUGUUUCUGUAACUCUAAAUGUGUCAAAUACCACUUAUAUAUAUUCAUUUUCUCCAGCAGAAGAUAUUUUAUGCACAUUAUGCAAACAUUCAAGUAUCAACAAAGCGGUCCAUUUAAAUGUGACGUACUUCUCACUUAUCCCUCCUCCGCCCCAGCUACCUCCUUUAUAGCUUAAAGCUUGUUGCACCCUCAGAUUCAUGCCACUAUGGAUUAAUUGCUUCUGAAAUAGUUUAAUUGUUUUUAAUACACAUUAUUAUAAAUCUAUCUAUCCAUAUGGGAAUUUCUAGCCAUCUGUUAACUCAAAGCAUGCUUGACAAACCCAUGGAGCAUCUUUAGAGCAGAGCCUUAGGUUAUAAUAUAGAAUGAUUUAUUGGCUGAAUUUGUUGAAAAAUAAACACGAUUAGGAGCCUGAUAUUAAUCACAUGUUAAGUUGCAAUCGCAAUAUUGGAGAAAAAAAUCAUUAUUUGAUAAGUUUUGAAAAUCUUUCAGCCCUAGUCAGCACUAGGCUUUCCAAAAUGACUUUAAUACUCUAACAUCGCCCCAGUUAUGCAAGUCUUUUCAUGUUUUUCUAUUUGGAGUCUCCCAAAGAGAAAAUUAGUUUUAACUGGAGCAAGUUUUCCUGUAACAUCAGUAUCAGAAUACAACAUGCAGCCAACUUUUUACUGAAAUCUUGAAGCUAGGAAGUGGUCGAAUGUUGGACCAGCAAUCUCUCUGUGAUGGCAGGAACUGUAGUCUGCCUGCCUGUUGACAAAUUCUCUACUCAUUCACCAAUGUACUAACAACAGUUUAAAGUUAAUCCCUAGCUCAUUUAGAAAGGUUAAAAUACAGAGUAUGUGAUGUAAGUUUAUUCCAUCUGCGGUCACAUGAUGGGGCCUUUUGUCUGGUUUGAAGAUACUCAUAUACCUCAAUGACUUUGUUUUAUGUUGUUACAAUGCCAGGGUCUGUUCAUAAGAGUCUUAAUUUUUAAGUGUAGCUUACUGGCCACUGAAUUUGGACUCCUAAUAACCAUCAAUCUAAACGACUUUUCCUUUUUAAGCUGUUAAAUCCACAAAGACCCUGUCUUUCCCAUUUACCACCAUUCAUUUAGAGUGGAACCUUUUCGCCCAGAAAUUGGCAGGUCUGGCUCUUAUUAAUAGACUGCUUUUUAUGGUAAUCAUUCCUUUACAAAUUAUCCACUUCAAAAGUUAGAAGUGAUCUCAAGCUAAAGGGUCCCAGUAGAAUUAUGAUGUGCAACCUUAAAAAACACUGUUAAAUCUGCAGAAACUUGAUUACUAUGUGUCAUUAUUUAUAGCAGUAUGUCACUGUUACUAUCAACGGUUCACUCCAACACUCACCAAACAACAGAUAUGGACACAAACACAUGAACAGCUGGAAAGACAGAAAAGCUUCAAGAAGGCUUGUGAGUCAUACCCAAAAACAAGAAUCCAUCUAGGAGCUUCAUCACAUGACCAACACAGCGAUGAGGGCGGCAGAGGACCAGACGAUACCCUCACAGGAAGAAGAAUAUAAAUUAUGACUGUGCAUUUGUUGUCACUGCUGAUUUGAUUUCCGUCUCACAGCCUGGAUGAUGUUGGAUGUUGGAUUCAUUCCUGCUCUUCAACAAAAUACCUCAUGAUGAAGUUUGCACCGAGUCACAGAUGUUUCUGAUGAUGUAAGAUGCUCUGAAUGCUUAAACAGUUUAUUUUUAAUGUUAUGACUAUUGUCUAAUGGUGCAUUAUGUUUACUAUUCAUCAGUACUGUUGUUCAUAGGUCAAAUAUUGUCCACUCAUUCCACUGACAUGUGCUUGUACUUCACAGUGGGAGGGAUAGGAAGUCACAUCACUUUUUAAACAAAUCUGGGACAACUUUAGCAGUUCUUUUCUUCUUUACCCACAAGAAAAUGACACAAAGGUGAUUGUGUGGCUCUGCAGAAAAGUCUUCUGAUCUUUGGCCUUAUCUGAAUUUUAUUUUUAUUUCCCCAAAAGUGGCUUUCAUUUUAUGUUUUCCAAAGUAUUUGCUUCAAAUGAGUCUUUAAUGAGGACCUCGGCUAAUGCCUAAGAACAGCAGAGGUCACUGAUUUUAUUAAUCCUAUGCACAUCUUAUAUGCUGGUUAUUAUUCAUUUAAAAAAUUCACAACAAAUUAUGUCACUGGGCGCAGAUGAUUAUGUCUGGUGAGCAUGAGAUGUUGGUUUUGGUUGGCUAGGUUUUUGUUGGGGUUUUAUUUGUUUUUUGAGAAAGAGAUCUAUCAAAUUUCAA